ACCUAAAUGUACACGUCAACCUACAUUCGAAAACAUUGCGACUGUUAUUAAAUCUGAAGUGAAUAAUUAAACCACAAAACUGGCAAGAUCAACAAUGCGAAGGGCCCAUGCCGGUAACUACUAUGAACCGCUAUCACAGAACUCGAACGAGGUCGAAGAUGAAAACGAUCGGAUGACGAAUGAGCUCAAGGAGAAAAUCGGAGCCCUAAAGUCCCUUUCGAUUGAUAUUGGCAACGAGGUCAGAUACCAAGAUAAACUUCUUAACGAUGUUGACGAUGACUUGGAACGCACUGGCGGAUUUCUGGGUAAAACUAUGGGCAGAGUUUUAAAACUAUCGAGAGGCUCACACAAUUAUUAUAUAUUUUAUAUGUUUCUGUUUUCAAUAUUUGUGUUCUUUAUUUUGUAUUUGGUCCUUAAAUUUAGGUAAGGUGAAUUGUAUAUAUACAUGCAAAAUAUUAAUAAUAUAUUUUAUGAGGCAAAGAAAUGGUUGUUAUUGCAUUAAGUGAUUUAAUUAUAAGGAUGUUUAUAAAAAAGUAUUUAUUAA